CUAUUGCGUGCACCGCCGCACAGGUGACCGCGACCUUCACCACUCUUCCACACACCUCAUCCUUAGCCAAAAUGAAGUUCGGUUGGUGCCUAGUUGGCCUGUUGUUUGCUGUGGCCCAGGCCAUCAGCUUUGAAGUGGUUGCCAAAGAGAACCCUGAACCUUUCUGCGUCCGCGAAUUCGUGACCGAGAGCAGUUCCGUCCUCGUUGGCAUCAUCUCCUCCGGAAACUUGGGCGAUGGACAGAAACUCGACAUGGUUAUUACUGACAAUGAAGGAAACACUCUCUCCAGCACGAAGAACAUUGUCAAUGAGAAGAAUGUCGCUUUCGACGUGAGAGGUCCUGUUGGGUUGAACUUGUGUUUCACUAAUCAGUUGACCGAAGGUUCUCUCGCUUCACCAUCAAAGAAACGCAUGGUUCGUCUCGACUUUAAUGUUGGCGCUGAUGCUGAUGACUACUCUGCACUCCAAAAGAACAGAAACUUGGAGCCUGUAGAGGCAGAGCUUCAUCGCGCAAAGGAUCUGGUCAAGGAAGUUCGCGGUCGCAUGGAUUACCAACAGCAGCGUGAGAUGCGUUUCCGUGACACCAAUGAAAGCACAAACAGUCGGGUGAAGAAUUUUGCCUUCCUCACUACUUCGGCUUUUGUUGUCCUCGUCGGAUGGCAGCUUCUGUAUCUUCGUUCUUUCUUCCAACGCAAGCACCUUAUUCCUUAAACAAAGUCGCGAACUCAAGUUGAACGAAACAUUCACGUUUGCGGGCACAAACUCUGAGCGAAAAAUAAACCUUCUCGGCGGGCUGUAAAGACCGCCGAUAAUUUGCACGGCAUGUAACGCUCGUGAUCGUGCACCAAACGGCAUUAUGACUUACGAAGCAAAAUAGUUGCAAUCAAAAACGGGCAUAGCAUAAUGAAGGUUAGUCACAAUGGCUCGAUGAUUGAAACAAUCAUAACCGGUGUAGCAGUUGUAUGGGGUAGUAAUAGUAGUAGUAGUAGUAGUAGUAGUAAA